CAGAGGGGACAUUAAGUUUUACCCUUGUCCAUCUGUAUGUACGUAUGUCCGUACGUCCCAAAAUUGGUGUCCGUUCUCUAACUUGAGUUUGCCUCAACCAAAUGUUAUGAAACUUAUACACAAUGCUUAUUACCACAAAACACAGAUCAAGCUUGAAUUUUAGUGGUUUCACUUUAACCGUUCUAGAGUUAUGCCCCUUUAUAAAUGGAAAAAUUUCAAAAUUUUUAGUUUCUGUUCUUUAACUUAAGUUUGCCUCAACCAAAUGUUAUAAAACUUAUACACAAUGCUUAUUACCACAAAACACAGAUCAAGUUUGUGCCCCUUUUUAAAUUGAAAAAUUGCAAAAUUUUUAGUUUCCAUUCCUUAACUUAAGUUUGCCCCAACCAAACAUUAUGAAACCUUUACACAAUACUUAUUACCACAAAACUCGGAUCAAGUACAAAUUUGGGUAGCGUCACUUUUAUUUUUCUUGAGUUAUGUCCCUUUAUAAUGUUGUAUGCAAGAGGGGGCAUCAUCUGUGUCCAUGGGGACACAUUCUCCAUUUAUUUUAUUUUUUAUUUUACUGUGAAAUGGAGUAACUUUUUACAGUCAACAGUACAAUUUUACACUGACAGCAGCAAUCACAGGGUAGACACAGGAUUCCGAAGAACCCUUUACAAAUUUUAUCUUUUAUUUAUAAUAAUUAUAUAAGGAGCUAAUGAUAGCAAGCUAAGACUAGAUAAAGGGCAUACAGUUUCCCUCCUAAAACAAGAUGGAACAUAGAUAUAAGACAUGGUAUCUUGUAUUUAUAAUAAUAAUAAAAGGGAGCUUGCAACAGGCUAAACCAGGAUAUAGGACCUGCUGUUUCUUGUCCAAAACAUGAUGGAGCAGAUAGAUGAGACAUUAUAUCUUGUAUUGAUAAUUCAUAAUAGGCAGCUUGACAACAGGUUAAGCACUGAGAUAAAUGUCUUAAAUUCCUUAAACAAGAUAGAACAAUAAAUAAACAUUAUAUCUAGGAUCUUCAUAUCAAACAUUACAAGGAUAAUCCUUGAUCACAUGAAAACAAAUUAUUAACAAUUGCAUUUAGUCAAUCUACCAAUAAUGGAUUCAGAUGGGCAUCUUUCAGAGUCAAACCAAUUAUUAAAAAAUCAAAACUCAUUUUUUUUUAUGUAAAUAUAAUUUGAUAAUCAAUUAUCUCAACAUGAAAACUUGAUAAUCAAUUAUCUCAACAUGAAAACGACACAGUUAUUGUUUUGAGUGUUGUGUUAUUCUUCAAGUUCAGUAACUCUUUUGUGUAUCUAAAAAUUAUUUUCUGUUAAGUUUCCAUAUUCAUUAUAGCACUAGUUCUUCACUGUGCUGGUAAGAGAUGAUGGAUGUUUUAUAUUAAUUGUGUUUGUUUUUGUUACUUAAGGUUGACCAGUAUGGACAUUCCUUCCAAGGACGUUCCUUCCAAAGACGUUCCUUCCAAAGACCAUCAGCCUGCUUUACCUGUGACAGCCACCACUACUACAAACUCUAUUGUAGUUAAUUCUCUAGCUAAUAUUCACCAAUUAUCAAAUGGAUGUCUGAAGAAUGGUUUUUUGGAGACAGAAGACAUUGUGAAGUUGUUGACAUCUUUUUUGUCCUCGGAUGCUCACGACAAAAUUCCAGGAGGAAUAAAAAACAAUGUUUAUUUUGUAGUUAAGAAUGAUGACAAUGUUGAAAGACAAAAAAAGGGAGACCUUACUGAAUUUCAUGAUGAUUGUGGAGUAUACAAUUCUAAUAGAGGAAAAGACCCAAAAACUUACUAUAUAACUAACCCAGAAGGCAGGCUUCAGGUGGUAUAUAAAAGGGGUGAUCAAUUCUGCUCUGAAAAGAGAAUCAAAGGAAAGUUAAUGUAUUUUCCAAUGCAAUCUCAACCUUCUAUAGAUACUGUAAUUGAACUGAACAGAAACUAUUCAACAUUGAACAAUGAUUCAUCAUAUUUGAGACGUGUGUCAUGGCUAGGAGGACAUGAAAAUCAUAUUGCUGUAGUAGAAUAUUUUAAAGGUUAUACACAAUCUAAUCAAAUAGUUGCCAAUAAUACAGAUGAGCAUAUUCCUUUGAAUGUCAAAACGAAACUAGUACAUGAUGAAUCGAGUGGACUCAGCAGUAGCAAACUAGUACAAAACCAGAAGCACAUUGACAACAACAGUCAGGAUGGUUCAGCUGAAAUAAGGACUUUGUCCUCUAAUAGCCUCUUCUUGUCAACUGGAUGUCUGAACAAAGGGUUUAUGGAAGUAAAAGAGGUUGUUAAGUGGCUGACAUCUGUUUUGUAUGAAAAAGCCCACAACAGUAUUCCAGAUGGAAUUAAAAAUGACGUUUAUUUUUUGGUAAAGAAUGAUGAAAAUGUUGAAAGACGCAAAAAUGGAGUCAGAAGUAGAUUUCCUGAUGACUGUAAAGGAUAUGAUUACUCCACUGGAUCAACGUCAAAAAAUUUCUUUAUUACUAACCCAGAAGGCAGGCUUAAGGUGGUAUUUAAAAAAGGUGAUAAGUUCUGCUAUAAAAAGGUAGUCAAAGGGAAAAAAAUAUACUAUCCACAUGAGACCCAGCCAUCUUCAGACAAUGUAAUAGAAUUGUUUAGAUAUUAUACCACGUUAAAGAAGGAUUCAUCAUGCAAGAGACGGGUGUCAUGGUUGGGAGGACAUGAAAAUCAUAUUGCCCUAGUGGAGUAUUCCGGAAAAUUUCCUGGAUUAGUGCCACAUGGAAAUUCUAAAGAUACAGAUUCUAUUCAAACACGUGCCAAUGUUAUGUCUGAGAUGUCAGAUAUGUUUCAAGAUACUCUCAGUCCCAGCAUGAGGAAACAAGUAUAUGACAAGAAGCACAAUGGCAACAAAAGUUGGGAAAAAAAUGUGACCAAACAGACUCCUACUUCAACAAAAUUGACAGAUUUACAAACAACAUCAGCCCCUUCUACUUCAGAUUGUUCAACUGUAAUGAGGACUUUGUCCCCUAAUAUCCACUCCUUGUCAAAUGGAUGUCUGAACAAAGGGUUUUUGGAAGCAGAAGAGAUUAUCAAGAAGCUGACAUCUUUUUUGUAUGCAAAAGCCCACAACAGUAUUCCAGAUGGAAUUAAAAAUGACGUUUAUUUUGUGGUAAAGAACGAUAAAAAUGUCGAAAGACGUAAAAAGGGAGCCAUUAGUAAUUUUUCUGAUGACUGUGGAGUAUACAACUGCUUCAGAGGAUCAACUUCGAAAAGUUACCUUGUUACUAACCCAGAAGGCAGGCUUAAGGCGAUACAUAAAAAAGGUGAUCAGUUCUGCUAUGCAAAGCAAGUCAAAGGAAAAAAAAUAUACUAUCCACUUGAUACUCAGCCAUUGUCAGACAAUAUUAUUGAACUAUUUAGACACUAUAGCACAUUGAAGAAGGAUUCAUCAUACAAGAGACGGGUGUCAUGGUUAGGAGGACAUGAAAAUCAUAUUGCCCUAGUAGAGUAUUCUGGAGAAUUUCCUGGAUUAGUACCACAUGGAAAUUCUAAAAAUGAUAAAAAAUAUGUUCGAACACCUGCCAGUGUAAUGUCUGAGAUGUCGGAUCUGCUACAUCAAGAUAAACCUUCGGAUGUAUACAACAAGCUGACACUAAAACAUAACAAAUUGAGUGGACUCAUCAGUAGGAAACAAAUAUAUGACAAGAAGCACAAGGACAAAAAGAGGCAGUUCAAACUAAAGACAAAAAGUGACGUACUGAAAGAACAAAGUUCCAUACCAGAAAAUUCAGAUACAUCUGAUGAAGUUUCAUCUGCAGUUUAUCAUAUUAUAGAAGAUAAUUUCACAAAACAGAAUACUCGUACUACUUCAGAAAAGACACCUCAAAGAUUUGGUCAGACUAAUUUACAAACAGCAUCAGCUCCUUCUAUUUCAGAGUCAGUAUUAGAAGUUGAAAAGGAAAAGCUUGAAAUUGAAAGAGAAAAGCUGGCUUUAGAAAAAGAAAAAAUUGCCAUGAAAAGAGAAAAGCUGCAAAUGGAAAAAGAAAAGAUGAAAAUGAAAAAAAGAAGCCUUGAAUUAUUUGAGGAAUAUGUAACUUUAAAAAAAGUCAAAUUUACAAAUGCUGUUUCCGAGGCAUGUGAAGUAUCUCCAGUAAUUGUGACAUGUAAUUAUUAGGCAAUACAUACAAGAAGAGAAAAGGAAGAAUAGACUUUAAAUUUAUGAAUUAUAUCUACUGACCAUAGAUGAAAAUGAUGAAUAUAAUGAUUGGUUUAAAAAUAAAACACUGCCACAUAAAAGCUCUUUUAACUGUUUGCAUGGAAAUGUAUGUUUCAAUGGAUUUGUAAAAGUUGAAGCCUUUGGCCAAAAAAUUGUGAAACAAGAAAAUUCAAAGGAAUUGGAUAAUUCUGGAUUUCUCAUUAUGCAAAAUGUCAUUAAAAUAGACAAAAAUUCUAAAUGAUUAUUAACUAAGUGAUUUUAAUGGGAUAAAAUAUAAUGUGAUCUGUUUUGUAUUUUGAAAAAUGAAAAUUUGUGAUUUAAAAAUCUUUUCCACUCAAACAACAAAACCAAUUUCAACCAAAAUUGGUCUGAAUGAUCCUAAGACUGUUUAUCAUAACUUUUGGUUGAUUGGUUUUGGUCAUGGCUGUCAUGGAUAAAAAUAGAACAUGUGUAAAAUGGAAAUUUUGGAUAUCAUAAGAGUCAUAAUUGAUAGGGAGAAUUGGAGGGACAAAAAUGAUCAAAAUGAAAAUCUACCUAUUCUCCUUUAACAUCAAAUUUAUCAAGAGUUUUUCCCCCUAUUAUGAAAAUUUCUGACAAAAUAAGAUUUUCCCGCCAUUUUCUAAGCAAAAAUGGUCAUGACUACAUGAUCUACAACAUACAAUUAUAUUGCAUUAUUCUUUUACAUAGGAUGUUAUUAGAACACAUACUUACAGCAUAUGUUUUAAUGUACAAUUGUAUCAAUCUUAGUUGAGAUCAAUCAGUUGAAUCUGUAUUUGUUCUUCAAUUAAACAAUUUUUCAAAAAAAUUUUGGAUGAUACAUUUUAACAAUCUUAGUUGAGUACAACCAGUCGAAUCUGUAUUUUUUCUUUUCAAGCAAUUUUUAGAUAUAAUACACUGUUUCUUAGUGUUUUAGCAUUGGCAGGAUCAUUAUAAGGUACAGAAUAAUUGUCUCCAUUGUCAAUGACCAAAUCAUCUGUUAAGUCUGGUAGAGGUAGUUAGUCAUCUUUACCUGAUACCUCUGUUGUGCAGUUUGUUCCAGGUGUAAAUAGAAAUCAUCCUCUCAAGUUUUGAUAUGCAAACGCUUCAAAUAAAAAAUAAGAAAUUUUGCACUUUCAUGGAUUAAAGAAGUUUUUACUCCAUACCUAAUUAUACCCCACUCUAGGAGUGAGGGCUAUAUUGCAAUCACCUAAUGUCUCUCUCUCUUUAUUCAAA